AUGGAGGGUGUGACAGAUUUACAUAAGAUUACCUCCGACUCCGAGAUUGAGCUUAUCAAUUCUGCAAAGGCAAAACAAAUGACGAGUGUUACAAAUGGAAAACGAGCUCCAGCUUUAGGACAAGCUAGUCGUGUAUGGGAGCGUGGUCGAUUACGAGUUGGGAAAGUUUAUAGUGGUGAUAAUGUUCUGAAAUUAAGUGAAGAUGUUGGUAGAGCUGAUCAAGGGUGGAAACCAGGAGGAUUAUUGUGGCAUGCGAGAAUGAUUUUGGAGUUUAUGCUAUUCAAGUACAAAGAACCACAUGCAAUUGUUUUCUUAUCAUUUCAAGGGUUAAAUCAAACAGAUAUAGAGGAGAUAGUGUGGUUGUUAAUAAGGGAAAAUGACAAAGUGAAUGGUUCUGAUUGUGAGAUACAAGCUGUGUUCGAGGUUCUUAUAAUGGUGAAUCACUUCAGUUUGGGAGUUGAAUUUCGUAUGGAUAACGUUGUGCUCAUCGAAAAUCCUGUCAAGAUUAUGUAUUCAGUUUGGGAGCAGCAUGAACUCUCUAUACUAGAGAACCUAAAGUUGGACUUAAUGCAGAGUUUCAGUUACAUGUUAGGUGAAUUUGUGAGACUCGUAGUGACAGUGUUUUCUGCAGUUAUCAUUGCUGGCAUGAAGCCUCACACGAAGCACAAAUGGAGGGAAGGUAGAGUUGAUGCUCUCAAAGGAGCUUAUCCUGUCACAAUCAAAGUGGAGCUCCCUGCCAAUCAUUUGGCUCCAUUUCUCAUGUAUGAGAUGUUUCAUUCUCCUAGGCCAUCGGAGCUGGUUAUCACUAUAUAUUUUCUUCUCAAACCAGCUGGUCGAACAAUAUUGUGGUUAGGUGCUAUCUUGACUGGAGAUACUACGUCGAAAGGCAUGAUGGAAGGAAGAGAUAUCCCUAUGCUGCUUAAUUCUUUGUGGUUAUUUGAUGGAAGAACACAGCAACGGUUUGACAAGACGAAGAGAACGAUCUGUUGGAGUGGUUUAUUUAGGUCUCUACAAGGCUGCCUAUGA